UCUCUUCCCCAGUCCUCCCGGAGCGUGAGUCGAGCGUGGGUGCUCAAUUCGCAUUAAUUCCGUUUUUAAAAAAUCAAAGUAUUUUUGCAGGUGCUGUUCCUUCUCCUGUUAAGCUCAGACAAACAAAAUGUCUGUUCUUAAGGUCCACGCUCGUGAAAUCUUCGACUCACGCGGGAAUCCCACCGUUGAGGUAGACCUGUACACCGGCAAAGGUCUCUUCAGGGCUGCAGUUCCCAGCGGUGCUUCCACCGGAAUUUACGAAGCCUUGGAGCUCCGGGACAAUGACAAGACUCGCUUCCUGGGGAAAGGUGUCUCAAAGGCUGUUGAGCACGUCAAUAAAACAAUUGCACCCGCACUGGUUAACAAGAACAUAAGUGUAGUGGAACAAGAGAAGAUUGAUAAGCUGAUGCUGGAGAUGGAUGGGUCAGAGAACAAGUCCAAGUUUGGUGCAAAUGCCAUUCUGGGUGUCUCCUUGGCUGUCUGCAAAGCUGGUGCUGCCGAGAAGGGCGUCCCCUUGUACCGCCACAUCGCUGACUUGGCUGGGAACCAGGAAGUCAUUCUGCCGGUUCCUGCAUUCAACGUCAUCAAUGGGGGCUCCCACGCUGGAAACAAGCUGGCCAUGCAAGAGUUCAUGAUCCUCCCUGUUGGUGCUGAGAACUUCAAGGAGGCCAUGCGCAUCGGCGCCGAGGUGUACCACAACCUGAAGAAUGUCAUCAAGGAGAAGUAUGGGAAAGAUGCCACCAACGUGGGCGAUGAAGGUGGAUUUGCACCCAACAUCUUGGAGAACAAGGAAGCUCUGGAACUGCUAAAGACCGCCAUCAGCAAGGCUGGAUACACUGACAAGAUCGUAAUUGGGAUGGAUGUGGCAGCUUCCGAAUUCUAUCGUGAUGGCAAGUACGACCUGGACUUCAAGUCCCCCGAUGACCCCAGCAGGUACAUCACCCCUGACCAGCUGGCUGACCUCUACAAAGGCUUUGUCAAGAGCUACCCAUUGGUUUCCAUUGAAGACCCCUUUGACCAAGACGACUGGGCUGCUUGGAAGAAAUUUACAGCCACUGUGGGCAUCCAGGUGGUUGGUGAUGACCUGACUGUGACCAACCCCAAGCGAAUUGCCAAAGCGGUGGAAGAGAAAUCUUGCAACUGCCUGCUGCUCAAAGUGAACCAGAUUGGUUCAGUCACAGAGUCUCUCCAGGCCUGCAAGCUCGCCCAAUCCAAUGGUUGGGGUGUGAUGGUGAGCCACCGUUCUGGAGAAACCGAAGACACCUUCAUUGCAGACCUGGUGGUGGGGCUCUGCACUGGACAGAUUAAGACCGGUGCACCUUGCCGAUCUGAACGUUUAGCCAAAUACAACCAGCUCCUGAGGAUUGAAGAGGAACUGGGAAGCAAGGCCCGCUUUGCUGGCAGGAAUUUCAGGAACCCUCGUGUCAACUAAAGCUCUCCGGGCUCAGAUGAGGCACCCCCCCCCCCAGCAGUUGCCGUUGAAAGCACUAGUCACCUAAUUAGAAAUGCCCCCCACCAUUAGACAAGAAGGGCAGCUGAUGGUCAACCAUAUGCAGGUCCUCUCUAGAUGAUGACAACCUGGUAGCUGUCUUAUCCCCCUCCCCUUCAAGUUCCAACUUGUGGCUUUUCAAAGUGCUUGGCUGCCUUUUUUUUGUGGGCAGACCCACUCUUGCCUGCAGCCCACCACCCCUUUGGGGAGGGCUUCAUUUCUCCAUGCUAAAAUCAAGAAGCAGAUAGAGUUUCUCAGAUCUUGUUGUGUCACAGCUUUUUAAAGCUACCACCAUCUUUCCCUCCUUCCUAAGGCUGGGGGGCACACACACACAAGACCUCUCUUUCUCCCUUCUUGCCACCCCUGCCUUCUCCCCAUUUAGUGUGUGAGGCCAUGUAACUUGCAGUGCAGCCUGAGGUACCUGCGAACCCGAAAACUUUAGUUCUCAUGUAAGGUGAAUAAAAAAGAAAGAGAAACCUU